GAUUUCUUGUUAUUUCAGAUUGAGAAAACCUGGGUGCCGCCAAAUUGCCCUGCAGCUGCUAAGCGGCUGGACUUCGUGACGUUCCAUUACAAGGUGUUCACCGAAGACGGCAAGAAAACAUAUCAAUCCUAUGGUGAAGGUCCAGUGACGAUUCAACUUGGAGUGGGUAUGGCCAUGCCAGGUCUUGAUAAGGGGCUGAAGGGUAUGUGUGCAGAGGAACUUCGCAAACUGCAAGUACCGUAUCGAUUGAGUCGUAAAAGCAAAAGUAGAAUGUGGAAGCAUAUUCCGAACGAUGAGCACUGGCUCACAUUCAACCUGGAAGUGAUCACUGUCGAACCGUUCUCGCAUACUCGACAAUUCCAAUUUCUUGAUCUUCUGAAAUGGCUUGGUACAAUGAAAAAAGAGUACGGAAAGUCAUGGACGAACGAGGAUAUUGAUAAUGUUACGGCCGUCAAAUAUUACAUAAGAUACUUUGAUAUAAAUGGAGAUGGUGAGAUUGAUGAAGACGAAUUCACAAAGGUUAUGAUGAGAGACGAAGCUGUCAUGGAGAAGGCACAAACGAAAGAGAAAGGCAGAAAAAGAGAUCCCGGAGUGGCUUGGAUUCUUGAUUUCAAUAACGAUGGCAUUGUUAGCUACAAGGAAAUGGAUGAUGCGCCGGAUCUCCUCGAAAAAGGUCCCACUCUAUUGCCGGUCUUCAAGGAUGAACUGUGA